AUUUUGACGUCUUCAGUCGGCAAAUGAAAUACCACAAAUUUCGUAAUUUUUUGACAAAUAAAUUCCAAUUCAAAUUCAUAUCUGAGAAAAAUAACUCCAGCUCUUAAUAAAUUAUGAAUACACCUCAACCAGGAAUUUUGGAUCCCGGUUCUCCACAGCGACCUCAACAUCCUUUGGCAAACUACCAUUUCUCAUCAGAUGAGCUCCGAGUUCUUAAGGAAUGUGAUGUUGAAUCAUUUUUUCAAAGAUCCCUUCCGUUUGGUACAGGUUUCGGAUUGUCUGCUUAUUUCGGUGUCAAACAUGGUUAUUUAAAGCCAAAUGUGAAAUUCGGAGCUCUACCAAAGGUAAUGGUCGGUGUAAUUGUUGGUUAUUUUCUGGGUAAAUUCAGCUACCAGCAAAAAUGCGCAGAGAAAAUAAUGAGAAUACCCGGUUCAAAACUGGGAGAAAUGUUACGACAGAAGAAAAACAAUGCCAUGUAUGGAAUGUUGACUCCAGAUAAAAAUCUUGGAGCCGGAAUUGCACUGUCUCCCUUCACUCCUAGCAAUGCAGAUAUUUUUUCUGAUGAAUCGUUGAGAUACGGAAAAUCAAGUUCAUUGGAAUUGGACACUGAAAGUCGUCCAACGCUUUCAGGACUUGACGAUAUUUAUCGUCCUUCCGUGGAUGAUCCUUCACCACAGUUCGAGACCGAUCUUCCUGUUGUUGCACCAAAACAAGGAGUUACCUAUGAUGAAUUACGCAUGAAAAACCGAGAGGAAUACAUGAAAAAAUCCCAAAGUAUUUAUUCGAGACCUUUGCCUGCAGAGGCUCCAACUGUAAGGCGAUCAAUGGGGUCUAACGAUAACACCGAAGCUCAAAGGCCAACAGGAGAGAGAAAUAAAUAUGGAGACACUUGGACAAAUUAAUUUUUUUUUUAUUAUUUAUAAAAUAUAAAAUGUUAUUGUGAA